CGAGGAAGAAGAUCGAGUGAAAAUAACUGCUGUGGGUUUGGCUUUCAAUUCAACCUCUGGAACUGAAAUGGGGUUCUCUGUGUUAUCGCCUCCAAGUGGAUGUACCCAUGGCUGCGUGAGUCACGGUCUGGGCAGGAACUCGCCAAGCUUGUUUUUGAAAUUAGGGUUCAUCCCUAAUGGGCCGGGCACAGAUCGGACCUCCGGCAAACCCGCAAUGCUCAUACGGGCUUGCUCAUCCUCUUCUCUUCCAGAGCCACUUCUGGUGAGGGCUGCAAGAGGAGAACGUGUUAGUCGCCCUCCAGCUUGGAUGAUGCGUCAAGCAGGAAGGUAUAUGGCUGUUUACAGAAAACUUGCAGAGAAACACCCGUCUUUCAGAGAGAGGUCAGAGACAACUGAUCUCAUUGUGGAAAUUUCCUUGCAGCCUUGGGAAGCUUUUCAUCCCGAUGGAGUUAUCAUUUUCUCUGACAUAUUGACCCCACUUCCCGCAUUUGGGGUCCAGUUUGACAUCGAAGAAGCCCGGGGCCCGAUUGUCCAUUCUCCCAUUCGUUCUGAGGAAGGAUUGAUGGCAUUGCACUCUAUUGAUUUGGAAAAAGUACAGUUUGUAGGGAACUCCCUAAAGAUUUUGCGGAAAGAGGUUGGGGAGAAAGCGGCAGUUUUGGGUUUUGUGGGAGCUCCUUGGACUAUAGCUACAUACAUUGUUGAAGGAGGAACUACCCACACUUUCACAACGAUAAAGAGCAUGUGCCAUUCCGCUCCACAUGUGCUGAAAGCUCUUUUGUCCCAUUUGGCUAAGGGAAUCGCCGAAUAUAUCAUUUUCCAAGUUCAAUCCGGAGCUCAUUGCGUACAGAUAUUUGAUUCAUGGGGUGGACAAUUGCCCCCUCAUAUGUGGGAAACUUGGUCUAAACCUUACAUUGAUGAGAUAGUACGUACAGUGAAGGGGAAGUGCCCAGAAACACCGCUUGUACUAUACAUUAAUGGAAACGGUGGGCUCAUUGAGAGGAUGAAAGCUACUGGAGUUGAUGUCAUUGGACUUGACUGGACUGUAGACAUGGCAGAUGGAAGGAAGCGGCUCGGAAGUGAUGUCAGCGUACAAGGAAAUGUUGAUCCCGCUUCCUUGUUCUCUCCUCUCUCAGCUUUGACCAACGAAGUCAACAGGGUUGUAAGGUCGGCGGGGACUAAAGGUCAUAUCCUAAAUCUAGGGCACGGAGUGCUCGUGGGCACGCCCGAGGAAGCCGUUGCUCAUUUCUUUGAAGUUGCAAGAGGUUUCAAUUUUUCAUCCAAUUGAUAUGACCAAGUAGCCUAAACUCUCAUCUCAGAACUGAGACCAUUCUUGAGGAGGAAAUACAUAUAUUGUCAAUUUAGUGGCUUUGCACUGCCUAUUCCUUUUUAAGUUGGUUGUUUUUACAUUCUUGCAUGUUAGCAAUUGAUGAGAAAGCCAAAUACAUAGUAAUGAAUGUGUCCAUUCUUUUUGGCUGUGUAAUUUAUCAAACAAUGCUGUAAAAUUACUUUUCUUCCUUAAAAUUUAAAUCACAAAGUCCACUAAAUUUGGGGGGUGAAA